AUGGACUCCUCACCUUCCAUAAACUCGUUCAACGCUCCAAACGGAACCCCAUACCACGCCUUGAUUCUUGAAUACCUUCCUGGCGGAGAUUUGGCCCAGUUCUUUGAGAAAAUGCUCAACAACGAAGGGGGCGAAAACGAGCUACCAUGGGCUCAGAACGACGCUUUGCGAAUCUCUGCCCAGCUGGUUCUUACUUUGAACUACAUUCAUGGGAAGAACAUCAUGCACCGAGACGUAAAGCCUGAAAAUAUUCUCAUGUCCGCCGAUUACCAACAGGAAGCAACUAAAAAUCAACAUUUUCAACGCGACCAUUUAGUGAUUUUGGGCAUGGGCCAGUGGUGUCUGUUUGCGUACUUUUGGUUUGGAGAUCGGAUUCAAAUCACGGCUUUCUGGGCUACUACAGCCGUCGCGGUAAUUUUGUCAGCUGUGCAUGGCUGUUUUCUCACAAGAAACAUUGGCGCCACAAGAAACCCAGUUAUUUCUACAGAAGCUGAUUUUGGGGCUGAUAUCAAUUUCUUCUACGCCGCUCAAAUUGCAUUUGCAUUCGUUCAGAUUUCCUGUUCCAUUUCCGUGCUGUACUUUCUGUUCGACUGCGCCUGGCGGGGGCUUUAA